AACAUAGACGCUACCAGAAUCUCAAUUCACCCUACCCUUCGUAGGGUUCCUCUCUUUCUCUCUCGAAAAAUCAAACCCCAUCACCUCAUUCGAUCUUCAUCCUCAUUCAUUCAUGACCUAAUUCUAAUCCUUAUAGCUCACAAUCUCUCACCAAUUUCAUCUUUUUCUCGAUUCUUCUUCAUCGCUUCCGUUUUUUGUGUCUCCGCGACCUUUCGAUUUUUUAUGGAUGGAUGUGUUCACUGCUGCUGGGGUUGACGCUCUUGGUGCUUCCAACAACCAAGAUCUUAACCUCUUGGAAAAUGUUCCUCAAGAUGGUGCAUUAUUUGAUGCAUCACAGUAUGCAUUCUUCGGUAAAGAUGUCGCUGAGGAAGUUGAGUUGGGGGGGUUAGGCGAUGAAAAUGAUUACAUCCCUUCUGUUGAGUUCAACGAGGAGGAGUUUUUUCUCAAUGCGGAAGAGGCGGAGGAUGUAAGAUCUUUUUCUGAAAUUGAUGAUCUCACAACCACUUUUUUGAAGUUGAACAAAACUGUUAGUGGACCAAGAAAUGCAGGAGUUAUUGGUGAUCGGGUGUCAAGAGAAAAUUCUUCUGCUUCUGAAUGGUCACAGAGGGAUGAUGUUCCCUACUGGGUUGACUAUCACACUUGUGAUAGUGAAGGUUCUCAGGAUGGCAAAAGAUGGUCCUCACAUCCACAUUCUUCUGUCACCCAUCUACAAGAAUCAAAGCCCUUAUGCCGAACGUCGUCGUAUCCUGAGCAGCAAAGGCAGCUGCAAUACCACCUCGAACAUCGCUCUAGUGAACCUGUUCCUAACUGGUUUGAUCAGCAUUUUUAUGAUAGUGAAACUACUGGUGAUGAAAAGAGAUGGUCAUCACAUCCACAUUCCUCUAUUUCACACACAGAAGAACCAAGGCCCUUGUAUAGAACGUCUUCUUAUCCUGACAAGAGACAAGAACUUCCUCGUUUUUCGAGCGAACCAGUUUUGGCGCCAAAAUCUUCAUUCACUUCUUAUCCUCCCCCUGGUGGUAGGUCUCAACAAUCUUCUUCAAAUCACAGUACAGGCCAGUUGAAUAUUCCUUAUGCUAGGGGAGCUCACAUGGCACUGUCAUCACAAAAUCCCUCUCAUUUAUUCAAUUCUGCAUUACACUUGGGUGGAUCAAAAUAUGAGCCACAUUUUAGUGGAAAUUUGGCCCAAUUUAAUACUGGCUCCCCCCUCAAUAAUCGGAUCCAGAAUCAAUGGGUCAACCAAACAGGGUUGUAUACUGGAGAUAAUUCAAACCUUCUGAAUAAUAUGCUACAGCAACAACUAUACCAUCACAAUGGAUCAGUGUCUCCUCACUUACUGACUCAGCUGCAGCAACAGCCGCAUAGAUUGCCUCAUCCUGUUCAGCAGUCCGCAGCCUUAAUGUCAGGUUUACAGCCCCAUUUAUUUAAUCACCAUCUUUCGCCUGGAUCAUCCAUUGGUAGAAAAUAUGAACAUGUGCAUGGUUUUGGUGAUGUUAGAGAACAUAGACAAAAAUCAACUCGUAGACAUCGGAUCUCUCAACAGGGUUCUAAUGCCAGUAGCCAGAAGAGCGAUAGUUGUUCAAUACAAUUCAGGUCCAAGUAUAUGACUAGUGAAGAAAUUGAGAGUAUUCUUAAAAUGCAACUUGCCGUGACUCAUAGUAAUGACCCAUAUAUCGAUGACUAUUAUCACCAAGCUUGUCUUGCAAAAACACCUUCUGGGGCUAAAUUUAAAUUUUCAUUUUGCCCAGCCAAAAUAAAGGAUAUUUCCUCACGAUCUCGUGCCAAUUCUGAGCCAUACAGGUUUCUUCAGGUUGACACUUUAGGGAGGGUUUCUUACUUGCCUAUUCGUCAGCCUCGCCCUCUUCUUGAAGACGAUCCUCCAAACUCCUCUGCUAGUGGUGGCUCUGAGCGAAAUAUUUCAGAGAAGCCCCUUGAGGGGGAGCCUUUGUUUGCAGCCAGAGUCACAAUUGAGGAUGGUCUCUGUCUUCUUCUUGAUGUAGAUGAUAUUGAUCGUUUCCUAAAGUGCAAUCUGCUUCAAGAUGGUGGAACUCAAUUCUUACGAAGAAGGAGUGUCCUUCUGGAAGGAUUAGCAACAUCACUCCAUCUUGUGGACCCACUGGGAAAGAAUGGACACAAAGCUGGGCUUGCUGCUAAGGAUGAUCUUGUUUUCUUGCGAUUAGCAUCUCUUACCAAGGGAAGGAAGCUCCUAGCAAAGUAUCUUCGGUUGCUUGUUCCCGGUAGUGAGCUUAUGAGGAUUGCCUGCAUGGCUAUAUUUCGUCAUUUAAGAUUCUUAUUUGGUAGUAUCUCUUCUGAUUCAGCAUUAGCGGAGACUACAAGUGAUCUUGCUAUGGUUGUUUGUCAGUGUGUCCAAGGAAUGGAUCUUGGUUCUCUUGGUGCUUGUCUUGCAGCAGUUGUUUGUUCCUCAGAGCAGCCUCCUCUUCGUCCCAUUGGAAGCUCUGCCGGAGAUGGUGCUUCCCUUGUUUUAGUGUCUGUCCUCGAGGGGGCUACUAAACUUCUAACUGAUCAUCACGCCGCUUCUAACAAUAAAUUGGGCAAUCGCCCAUUUUGGCAGGCCUCAUUUGAUGAAUUUUUUGACCUCCUCACGAAGUAUUGCAUGAAUAAGUACCAGAGUAUCAUGCAGUCACUGCUUACACAAGGGGCACAGAACAGACCUGUGAUUGGAUCAGAUGCUGCUAAAUCAGUUAGUAAGGAAAUGCCGGUUGAGCUUCUACGUGCAAGUCUUCCUCACACCAAUGAUCGCCAGAGAAAGUUAUUACUAGAUUUCGCUCAGCGCUCUUUGCCGGUGGUUGGAUUUAACAACUAUGCUGGGAGCAGUACUAGCCGCGUGAACUCAGAGAGGGUGAUUAGUUGAUAGUGUAGAGUUUUGAAAAUGGUUUUUGGGCUUAAUGUCGCCUCAAAUGAUACUCACCUUGCAUUGUGGCGGGGAAACGAUGAUAUAUUUGCUUUCAGGCUCUUCAUAUAUCAUGAAGUAUUCAGCUUGAUUUGUUCCUCAUGUCUUUCAUUUAUUUAUGAUGGGGGAGCUUAGUUUAUUUUUAUAUUUGGAUCCGGUAGACUCACUAGUGGUUAUAGCAUGUACAGGUUUAGGCAGAUAUUUGAUUCCCAUGCUCCCUUUCAAUCUUUCAGUUAUGUAUUCAAAUUUACACCUGAUGAUAGGGGCGAACAGGGAAACAUGCUGACCAGUUGGUGGGGCUGAAAUACAUGGGAACUAGUAGUUAAGAAUAAUUUAUGUUGGCCUUGCUGCAUA